AUGUCUGCCUACAUCAAAACCCCUCUCGCAAAGCAUCUGCCUUCUCUUGCCGUCCAACAACACCCAAUCUACCUUCCACCAGGCGCCUCCAUGAACCCUCUCGCUCAGCCAAAUGGAAUCCCAGCAGUCGCAGCGAUCCUUCGUCAGGAGCCGGCUUUUACUCAGCAUCUUCGAGCACUCAGGUGCUUUUACGCUAUGCUCCGCACACCGGUCACACUUGCUGCUCUGCUUUCCGUUGUCGCUUUUGUGGUGAUUGCGGUCUUGACUAUGGCAAUGAAAUUCAGACUGCUAGAGGAUGAGAGUCAGAAGGAUGAUCCGAUUGUUUUUGACGAUGUCGAGAAGAGGGGGAACCAUGCGAACGAAGGUCAGAAGGAAGGAGAUCGAGCGGUAUUGGGUCAAUUGAAAGGAGUGGUGACAGGUUUGAGGAUAAUGGGUAUGGGGGAGGAUAUCGUUGACGUUGAAUUGGGCCAUGAGAAGGCCUGGAGAGAGGCCUACAGGCAACAUGGGAAUGAAUGGACAUGA